CAGUAGUCGCCGUCAUGAAGUGCCACGAGCUGCGCGGAAAGAAGAAGGAGGAGCUGACUAAGCAGCUCGAGGAGCUCAAGACUGAGCUCGCCGCCCUGCGCGUGGCCAAGGUCACGGGCGGCGCCGCCAGCAAGCUCUCCAAAAUCCGCAUCGUGCGCAAGAACAUUGCGCGGGUCAACAUCGUCAUCAACCAGACCACGAAGGAGAACGUGCGGAAGUUCUACAAGAACAAGAAGCACAUCCCCAAGGACCUGCGGCCCAAGAAGACGCGCGCCAUCCGCAAGGCGCUCUCCAAGCACGAGCGCUCCAUCAAGACGAAGAAGGAGCUGCACAGGCUGCGCGCCUUCCCCAUGAGGAAGUACGCCGUCAAGGCGUAAAGCCAGCGCCGCGCCACGCAAACUGUCAUCGUCAUGUGAACCAAUUAUCAAUACAGCGGAUGGGAACAGCG